CCCAAAUCCUCUCAGUCUCACUCCUCACUCCCGUGCCGUCCGUCCGUAGAUUCCAGAUCGGCGGCGGGAUGGCCGGCGGCGCGGCGGACGAGCGACAGAUCCCCGUGGAUCCGUCCGUCCUCGAGCACCACCCUGAGUCCCCUCCUCGUCCGCUGCCGCAGCCGCAUGGCGCCCGGGAAGUUUCCUCGCCGCCGCUCCCAGAGGAGCUCCUGCUGGACAUCUUCCGCCGCAUUCCCGACCAGACCGACCUCGUCCUCACCUCCGCCGCCUGCGUCACAUUCCAUCGCCUCAUCACCGACCGCUCCUUCCUCCGGCAGUACCGCAGGCUCCACCCGCCGCCCCUCCUCGGCUUCCUCCAGUACGGAGACAAUGUCUUCCACCCCGCGGUCCCGCCUCACCCCUCCGCGCCGGCAGCUCGGGUCGUCGCCCUCGCCGGCGACUUCUCCUUCUCCUUCGUCCCCGCCCCCGACCCCGCUCACCGCUGGGCCGUCCGGGACAGCCGAGACGGCCGCGUCUUCCUUGAAGCAAGCCCCCGGGAAGGUUAUAGUGCCCGUGGAGUCGUCUUCACAGAGUUGGCGGUGUGCGACCCGUUGCACCGGCAGUAUCUCCUGCUUCCCCCAAUCCCCGGUGACCUAGCAGCUACCGUGGAAGACCCACUCAUGCGAAUACGGCCGCAUUCCAGCGAGACUUUCUUCGCUCCGCAAGGCGACGAGGCAGCAACUGCUGAUGAGACGUCAUUCAGAGUGAUCUGGAUGGUCCAGUGCGAAGCUAAGAUCGUGGGCUUUGUCUUCUCUUCCAGCACUAGGCAAUGGCGAGCCAUUCCAUCCCAGAGUUGGGCCAAUUUGUUAGCUGGCUUCGUGUCAUCGACUGGGAUGGCACUCUUCUACGGGCACUCUUCUACGGGCGCCAAUGUACGUGUGACUACUUUUACUGGCUGCCAAACUGUCAGUACGAUUUGAAAAUGUUGGUGCUCGACACCCUGAGGAUGGAGUUCUCCGUUGAUGAACCCCCAUCUGAAGCCAAAAAUGCGUUAUUUCUUGGUAUAACCAUGAUGGAGACAGGAGAAGGCGGUCCUAGAAUGCUUGCUGGUACCUAUGACAUGACUUGCGGCAAUCAUACCCUUUGGAGGAAAAAUGGUGGGAGCACCAGCCAGUGGCAGAAGGAGAAGAUGGUCUCACUCUCACCGGGCCCUCGGGAUGUGCUGAGAUGUUCAAUCGGGAAUUACUUGGUCCUGGAUCACUUUGGAAGCUCGUUGCUUGAGAAAGGCUUAUACACAGUGGACAUCGAAACAUUACAGCUUAAGAGAGUGUGUGCUUCAGUGCAUGGCAGCGCAUAUUGCAACUACCCACCAUCGUUGUCGGCACCGAAAGUAUCAAGUGAUAUUGGACAGGUAUUGAGGAGGAAGUGCUCGAACAAGGUGUGGAGGCCCUACAAGUAAAGGGGCCGUAGAUGGCCAUCAAGCUGGAGGUCAAGCUGAUGUGUUGGGGGUUGGAGAUGGUGCCGGUUAAGGUUGUUCUGAACUUGACCUGGAGUUUAUCUGACAAUUGUGGUGUAUCUGCUGCAUAAGUUGGCGAGAGCAUCAUCGAUGUUUAGUUUCUGUGCAAUCAGUUAGCAAAUUAAUUAGGACUCUGUAUUAAGUCAAAGUGACUGAUCUACUGAUGUUGUUGUUGUUAGAGUUAUAAUAAGUCAUGUAUACCCCUUUGUAUUUAUCCCGUAGUAUAAGGGGUUUCCUGCAUAUGUACCAUACCUGUACAUGUAUAUAUAUCGGCCU